UUUCUUCUUAUGACGCACCUAAUUUAGCAAGCGCUGCUCCACACUUCAAAGCGAAGGGUCACCAUUGCAGAAAAUAACAAACAGAAAUGUAAUUGACCAUAAAAGAAAAGGAAGAGCGAGGCACAGAGAGAGGGGGAGAGAGCAUUCCUAUGGUGAAAGAGUUAAGGGACAAUGAAGGCCUUGCUGCUGUUGCUUGUUCUGCAGCUGAUGUCCUCCUCACCAGUGCUCUGUGUGCACAAGGUGAAGCGGCAGGGUGACUACUGGGCUCCGUGGGGAGAGUGGGGAGAGUGCAGCAGGACCUGUGGGAGCGGGAUAACGACGCGCAGCAGACAGUGCUACUCCAGCAGGACAGACGGAGGAACCAGCUGUGUGGGCCCUACCAGAAACUUCCGCUCCUGCAACAUCCAGGACUGUGCCGAGGGCUCCAGGGAUUUCAGAGAGGAGCAGUGCUCCCAGUAUGAUGGCACAGAGUUCCAGGGGAAACGCUACAAGUGGCUCCCUUACUACGGAGCUCCAAACAAGUGUGAGCUGAACUGCAUCCCCAAGGGAGAGAACUUCUACUUCCGUCACCGGGAGGCUGUGGUGGACGGGACACCGUGUGAGCCGGGGAAGCGCCAUGUCUGUGUGGAGGGGGUCUGCAAGCCACUGGGUUGUGACAACAUGCUGGAGUCUCCCCAGAAGGAGGAUCAGUGUCUGGAAUGCGGGGGUGACGGCAGAUCCUGCUACCCAGUCAAGGGUACCUUUGAGGUGGCCGACCUGCCCAAAGGUUAUAAUCAGAUGUUCAUCAUUCCCGUGGGAGCAACGAGUAUCAGGAUUCGAGAAGUGGUGCCUACCAGGAACUUUCUGGCGAUAAAGAACGUGCGAGGAGAGUACUACCUGAACGGGCACUGGGUGAUUGAUUUCUCUCGUGCUGCGCACAUCGGCAGCACUGUGCUGCACUACGAGCGUGGGUCGGAGGGGGACCUGGCCCCUGAGACCAUCCACGGCAGGGGCCCCACUACCGAGCCCCUUGUCAUAGAGCUGAUCAGGCAGGAGCCGAACCAGGGAGUCGAGUAUGAGUAUUACCUGCCCUACCGCAGUCAGAGCCAGGGCUACUUCUGGAGCUAUGGGUCCUGGGCAGAGUGCAGCAAGGAGUGUGGAGCAGGCUACCAGUCCCGGCUGGUGUUCUGCACCAUAGACAAUGAGGCGUAUUCGGACUACCUGUGUGCCAGCCGACCACGCCCCGUGAGUAACAGAACCUGCAACCUCCAGCCCUGUCCUCAGACCAAGCGGAUGGCGUACCUCUACCAGGCUCAAGUGUGGAAGCGCACGGAGCACCUGAGCUCGCGGGUGUACAGCUGGAAGGUGGGUGAGUGGACCGCAUGCUCAGCUACUUGUGAUGGAGGCACGCAGACUCGCAGCGUGUUCUGCCUGACCUACGACGGCGCCGGCUCCCGCGUUGUGGAGGAAUCGCAGUGUGCAGCCUUCUCCGCCCGGCCGCAUUCCCAGCAGGCCUGCAGCCUGCGCCAGUGUGCCACCUGGAGCGCCGGUGGCUGGUCAGAGUGCUCGGAGACCUGUGGCGAGGGGGAGCAAACUCGCUCUGUAGUGUGUCUCUCUGGGGCUGGCAUCCGCCUCCAGGACUACGCCUGCCAGGCCCUGCCAAAACCCGCCAGCAUGCAGCCCUGCGAGAGAGCCACUUGCCCGCAUGAGAUCAGCUGGCACAUUGGGGACUGGGGCCUGUGCUCUAAGAGCUGUGACUCAGGCCUGCGAGAGCGGCAGGUGAUCUGUGCUGACCGCGAUCGAAACUUCUACAACCUGAAUCUGUGCGUGGCGAGGGACCGGCCCUCCACUGUGGAAAAGUGCAACACCCAGCCCUGCUACCUCCCUCAGGUGGUGCCGAGCAUGCCUGACCCCAGGGGCUAUGAUGACACCCGACGGGGCACCCUGGUCCCCUACAUCCCCGACAGACCCUCCACAGUUUACAGGAACACGGAGCGCAGGGAGUCUGAAGCACCGCCCCCUCCGGUGAAUCGGGAGGAAGGAUCUAACCCCCCGCAGUACCACUGGGAGUCCCAUGGCCGGGUUUGCACCCUGUCCCAGUACGGCUGCUGUCCCGAUGGCUACACCCGAGCCAGAGGUCCCCAGGGCCUGGGCUGCCCAGGAUCCAGCUGUGCACAGUCCAGGUUUGGCUGCUGUCCUGAUGGGAUUAGUGCAGCACUGGGCCCUGACAAUGCUGGCUGUCAGAGAUACUACACUGACAGGGAGAGCAGGCCGUCUGCCAACCCCAACCCCAACCCAAGCACGGACAACACAGAGGUGCGUUCUCCAGCCCCAGUGAGCCCGGACGGAGCAUGUCGCACUUCCACCUACGGCUGCUGCUAUGACGGGGUUAACCUGGCGACUGGGCCCAGUGGAGAGGGCUGCCACAGCCGGCCACAUUACCCUAAUCCCGUGGCAUGUCUGCUCCCCUACGCUACUGGCCCCUGCUCGGAAUGGACUGGCCGCUGGUACUUUGUCCCUUCCGGUGGGGCAUGUUCCCAGUUCUGGUACGGUGGCUGCCAUGGCAACCGCAACAGCUUUCUAUCGGAGCAGGAGUGCCUGAGUGAGUGCAAGGGGCAGGCCAGCGUGCAGCCUGUGAUCGGGGGAGGUCAGGACGUCCAGGCACAGACCCUCCAGCUGGAGAAGGAAGACCCCAGGGGAGAUGGGAGACCACACAGCCCGGGGAAAGGGAUCUUGCGGGGCGACAACUGGAGGAAGCCCCUGGCAGAAACCCACUCCAGCACAGGCAGCCAGUCACAUUCCCAGCCUGAUCAAAAAGUGUUCACCAUCUAUCAUGGGACCGGCCCUCGUCUGACCAUUGAGAAGAGACUAAGUGACCACACGCCACCCUCGCCCGCUGGGGAAAUAAGUUCUCAUGGAGGGCAGGCUUCCAGCAGCAGGAGCCCAUUCCACAGCAGCCAGGCCCAGCCGGUGAAAGUGAGUGAGUGGGGAGGUUACGACCGGCACGCACAGGCGAGGGCUCACUUUGUGAAGGGGCAACACCGGCGCAUUCACGAAGGAGGGCCAACGCUGCACACCACCUACCCUGGGAAAUGGGACCAAGGGCCGGGGAAAUUCAUUAACUCGAGGUGGACCUCACAGGGUCAGAGCGGGGUCAAGAAUCAUGAGCUUCCCGACAGCGGCUACCCGGCUGACACGGGGAACCCUGAAUCAGGGAGCCCCCAGCUCCCCCCUGAAGCAGCAGAGACCCUCAAGCCAGUGCCGGCCAGCGAGGAAGAGGCAGGGGAGGACGGGAACUCUGCUGGACGGGACGCUCCAGGACCAGCCUUUCAGUCCCCAGGCGGCUUGGUCUCCGAGCAGAGCUCCAGGCUGACAGCACAGUCCAGCCAGCACAGCUCCGAAAGGUUGAAUAUUGAUAAGUCAGGACCCUCAACAGUGGAAGGACGGCCCGGGAAGACAGUGAGACUGCCCUGCAAGGUGUCCCCCUCUCCCGGCGUCACAGUGGAAUGGAGGAGAGACGGGCGCCCCCUGAGCUCCCCCAGGCACUUGCAGCAGCCUGAUGGCUCGAUGCUGAUUGGUCCGCUGAGCGCCCGGGACUCCGGCUGGUUGAUGUGUGUGGCUUCGAACAGCAGGGAGCGAGACCACCGCUACAUCCUCCUCACUGUGGCAGAGGACCUUCGCUCCCCCGUGCCGCCCCAGGAGGACCAUUCCAUUCAGCAGGGGGGUGGGGGCUUCGUCUCUGGGCAUCCGAUCGAAACUGGACCCGAGAGCAACCCAUCCCAGGCAAUGCACCCUGCACCAUGGCCUGCGCACCACAGCACACACAGGUUGAGUAUUGAUAAGUCAGGACCCUCAACCGUGGAAGGACGGCCCGGGCAGACAGUGAGACUGCCCUGCAAGGUGUCCCCCUCUCCCGGCGUCACAGUGGAGUGGAGGAGAGACGGGCGCCCCCUGAGCACCCCCAGACAUACCCAGCAGGCGGACGGCUCCCUAAUCAUCAGCCCACUGAGCAGCGAGGACCCCGGCCAUUACACCUGUAUCGCCUCCAACGGGAGGGAAAGGGACCACCGGCAACUCCAGCUCAAAGUGCAAGGAGAGCUGAAAAUCACCACAGCCCCAAACAAUGUGCAGGUCUCAGAGGGAAGCAGCACUCAGCUACCCUGCAUCGUGACAGGCAGCAAUGUGAACGUACGCUGGUCCAGAAACGGGGUCCCGGUGCGAUCAGACGGACGUCAUGUUCUCAUCUCAAAGGACGGCAGCCUGAUACUGAACAACGUGCAGCGCAUGGACGAGGGCUCCUACACCUGCAACGCAUACACAGGCUCCCACUCCGUUAGCGCCAGCGCGGAGGUCAGGGUCAUCAAGAACACCCUGCAGGCCCCGCCAUCCAGAUCCAACAAUGCCGAGUGCAUCGACCAGCCUGAGCUUGCUAACUGUGACCUGAUCGUGUACGCCAAGCUGUGCAGCAACGAGUACUACUCCAGCUUCUGCUGCGCCAGCUGCUCCAGACACACCGAGCAGGGAUAGACACUCGCCCGGAGGCAGAGCACAGGGAGGGAGGGGCAGCGGUGAGCACCAGCAUCUGGGGAAUUAUUCCAUCCCAAGCAGGGCAGAACAGGAUUCAUACCGACUAAUCCACGGGGUUCCAGCCCAUCACACUUACACAGCAGGGUGCAAUUUAGCAGCUUUAAGAGCAAACCAACAAAAGCAGAGAAACAAGAAAAACAAAGUUCAAUCCUACAGCCAAAUUCAAUAAUUUUGUUCCACACUAUAAGUAAUGUGUCGUGCUAGUGUUCGAAUGGUGUUUCAGAAGAUAGGUAGACUCAUAAAACGGGUUGCAACAGAUCCUGCUUACAUGUUAGAGUGAUCAGAAUAUUAAAUAGGCAACACUCACACAUCAAAAUACUGUAUUGAUUGAGCAAUGCAAGUUACAAAUAAAAUGUAGUAGUAUUCUGCCAUUAAUCAGAACUAGACGAAACAUCACGUGUGGCCUUUGUAUGCAACUCUGAAGGCUAUUUUCUGCUCAGCACUAGCUGGAAAGAUUUAAUAAAAUAUACAUUGUCAGGUUCCCUUGAAAUAAUUAUUUAAUUCAAUUCCCUCAAGCUUAUCCAUGCUGUUGGUUUACUUAUGCCCAGUCUUUACUAAACCACCACAUGAUACCACGAUAACCAAUACACUACUUUAAGCAGUUUCUCUGUGCAGGAGGAAAACCUCAACUAGUAUCAGAUACAAACUGUAGAAUGCUUUUGAAACUCCCAACCACCAGCACACAGUCAGUGAUUGUGGAGGACGGAGGUACAAGGUGGUAAAGCAACAUGUAGAUGAGCGGUGACUGGAAAUCCUGCUCCACAGCUUCAACCUCCCUGAAGGGCACACUCACACUCUCUCUCUCUCUCUCGUUUUUAAUUUUAAAACAUUUCAACCCCACUGAGCAAAAUCUGGCACUGGGCUUUCCUGGGGGGGAAAAAAUGAUACAUUGAAGAUGCACACUGUUGUAAAUGAUCAUUUGUACUUUAAAAGAAGCAAGGGCAGCACUAAAGAUCGACAUGCUAUUUUUUAAAAUGGCAAGCCCCGGGUAAAGGAAUAUUUAGAAUAAAAUGGUUAUUUUGUAUAUAAAGGUAUAUUUUAGGUACUUUUUUAAACUGUACAAAUGACAAGUCUAAUGUAUUUAAACUCUGCAGCAGUUCCAUCGUGUAAUUUUCUAUAAAAGCACAUUUCCAGGUUUAAGGUUGGCUUGGGCUGUCUCAUGCCUGCAAUACUAGGUUUAAAUAAGGAAAUAAAUGUUAAUGUCCAUUUAA